AUGCAGUCACGUGCGAACCAUCCUACCAUGCCGCCACCAGGUCGUGAACUGAAGUACAAUUUGGCCUGGAUAGAGGGUACCUUCAAAUCUCGGCCUAAUACAGAACUACUGCUCGCCCCAGAACGCGAGGAGGGCAAUCUUACUACGAACGACUACGAGCUCGCAACGAGGUUUCUGCCUGGACCACACCGUUACUACCCACGUGGCUAUGGUGCUAUAGCUACUGGCGCGACCUUCCUCUACGCACGGAGUAGGAGAUGGUCAACCCCUCGCCUUGUCGUCGUUGGCGCCGCCGCUUAUACUCUUGGUUUCUCGAUUGGCCAGGCCGCGCGACUACGCCUGCAUCUGAGAUUCCUUUCCAGGCUCGAGAAUUUCGAUGGAUUCUCCGUUGCCAUCGAUAACAUCAAUGUGAAGACCGGGGGAAUCAUGCCUCGAGGCCCGACGUUGGUUGUGUCACGCAAGAAUGGUGGCUUGGGCGUCCGGCCUGAUAUCACCGGUGGUGAAGCAAUGCAAGGUCCAGGGGAAGGAGGGUUCGGUAUGGACGAUACUGGAAACGAUUCAAAUGCACAAGAUCGGGUCACUACUACUACCGACACAUCCUCCGUGCCAAGUAAACCGACAAAGACCCGCUGGGACGAGAUACGCAUAGCAAAUGCGCAGUCCGCUUCUCAGUCUUCGUGGGAAUUAAUCAGGCAGAAGAAUGGGCGAGCGAGCAUGCAAAACAACAAAGCAGCAGGAAGCAGGAAGCAGCCGGAGGAGUCGUUGGAAAAUGCUGAUGCAGAACGGAAGGCAGAGCAAGCGGGAUUCGAUGCAAUGCUCGAAGCAGAAAGGAAAGCCGGACAGAAUGUGUAG